AUGCCAACGUUGACUUCGAUGUUGCCCACUGCUGGCUUAUUCCUACCGGAAACACUGCAUCGGGCUGACCUCCCCACGCCAGCGUCUACGGAGACCGAAGGAACGAGGCUGAAGUACUUCCAACGCAAGAUCGGGCGGCCGAAGCAGGAGCCCAGGAACUCUGAAGACCGGCGGCCAUCAAUUGCUAUUCCGAGGGAAACGCCCGAUGACAUCUCAUGCGACUUUCCAGCGAUACCGACUACUUACUACUUUGCGGACUAUGUCCUCACCACCGAGAAGGCUUCUGCGGAUACCAUCGCUUUCGUGAGCAUCAUUCAACAAGUGCGACAAGAUAUCGAUGAGGCGACGCGCCUUUUCAUCUCAUCUGCGGUUUCGAAUUUCCUGGAUGCUUAUCCAAAUAAGCGGAGAUGGAUCGAGACUUCUUUGCUCGAGGUGCGGCGUGCUCUUAACGAAAUUGGCAUGGAUAUGGACAAAGCCUGGGGCCACGAUGGAGAUAACGGCACGGCUGCAUCGAAGCUCAAGCUUGAGUGGGGUCUAAGAAACCAGAAAAAACUUCUGAAGAAGAAGCAGCUAUUAGAUCAGUGCCACGCUCAGUUGACUGGUGCUAUCUACGUCAUGCAAACGGCAGAACUCUGUGGGAAGCCUGGUGCUAUCGCAGAAACACCCAUUUUCGAGGCUCCGGUACGACCUUGGGUACCUCAUGAUGAGAAAGACGCGCUACGUGGACCUUAUUCGAGGCAGAAGUACCGAACAAAUCAGGCGAACGCCUCCGCAUCAAAUAUUACACUGGCGUCUGAAGCUGAAAAAGACGACAUCGAAAGUGAGUAUCAUCCACGAUAG